UAUAGACACGUGUGCCGCAGUAUAGUGGUUCUACAGGUGGCACUAUAUCGUUAAAGGACUUUACUACUAUUUGUGACGGAGUAAGGUAUGUGUUUAAUCUCGUUUCAGACUGUUUGGUUCACUACCUUUAUAUAAUCGAAAUCAAAGGUAUUUACACUCACCUGCUUUAGGAAUUUCUUCUCAUCACUCAAAUCAAUAAUUUUGCUAAAGUGAUAGUAACGAACAGUGGAUUUUAAGUUCUAAAAUAUUCGAUUUUAUCAACUUGUUACUUAGAGUUUUUCUCUUUCUCAUCUUCUCUCACCUCUUCUGAAUGUCAAAUUGAACAAGAUGCAACUCAUUAGAUGCGAGUUAAGUAUGGACGCAUCGAUACGGAAAGAUUGGGGUAGUCAAGUACAUCCUAGCUAAUUACCAAACUUACGCACUUUACCUUAACGAUCUGGACGUACUUCUUGACAUGAAUGGAUAGUUAAGAUCGACGAGAUGCAACUUUACACUCUUUUCAUUAUUCUUCUUAUUGGGACUUCAGUCUCCGGUCGAGAAUCUCUGUCUCGCGUUAUUAAUACGAAAUAUGGUGCUCUUCAGGGUAUUCUACGAACACUUCCGAACAGACAUCUUCAACCUGUAGAAAUAUACUUAGGUGUGCCCUAUGCUAGUGCCCCUGUGGGAUCUUUGAGAUUCAUGCCUCCGGUGACACCAUCUCAUUGGAGAUCUGUAAGAACGUCAAAUAGAUUUGGUCCUGUUUGCCCCCAGAGAUACCCUGAUAUAAAGAACGAAACAGAAGCGUUGAAACGAAUGCCUACAGGAAGAUUAGAAUAUCUCAAAAGACUACUACCUUAUCUAAGGAAUCAAAGCGAGGAUUGCCUUUAUCUUAAUAUUUAUGCUCCUGCAAAUGGUGAGUAA